AUAUCUGCCUACUAGCAUGAAAAGGCCAAUCAUCCUUAAAUUUUCACGAUCAACCCUCAGCGCCUCAUCUUCUCCCUCAUCAAUGGCGCUUCGUAAGUUACUCUCGAAGCGUCUUUCCGAUACUUACAGACUCGCCUCACCGGCGGUGACUCUACAGAACUCGCCUAUUUCCUGCCCUCCCAAUCUCCAAGUCACACAACUACUAAAUGCAGCCAAAACCGAUUACCUGAGCUCGCCGGAAUUAUCCGAGAAAGGUUUUUCCAGGAGAUUCCUUCAUCGGAAAUCCGUAAACCAGUUGCCUGAGUUCCUUUCCAUACCGGUCGGUGAGAAGCUGAGGGAAAAGCUCAAAGGAAUUAACAUUACCGGAGAACGGCUCAGACUGGAUGGACUCGUACCUCCGCGGCAGGAAACGGUUGGCAAAGAUCCUAAUAGGUUUGAAAUCACGAUUAUUGGUGCGAGGAAAAUUCUGAAGCUCUCUCAGUUGGAGAGGCUAAGAGCAAAGUUCAGGGAGAUGCCAAACAGCUCAAUUUCGUAUUCGGAGUUCGUUCAGAUGUGUGUUGAGGAGUGUGGAGACGAAAAUCAAGGUAUCGAGUUUGCCAAGGCGCUGGACCGGUCCGGAAACGUCAUCGUUUUGGGGAAUAUUGUGUUCCUCCGGCCCGAACAGAUGGCCAAAUCAAUGGAGAAUCUAAUCUCUCAAUCCAUAUCAACUCCUAAUGACCCAAGAAGAAAAGAACUGGAACAAAUGGAGCAGCAAAAGGCUGUAAUAGACCAAAAGGCCAGAGCCCAAGUUCAGGGUGAGCUUUAUUGUGGACUAGGCUUUCUAAUGGUGCAAACACUUGGGUUCAUGAGGCUCACAUUCUGGGAGCUCAGCUGGGAUGUUAUGGAACCCAUAUGCUUCUUUGUCACUUCUCUUCACUUUGCACUUGCCUAUGCUUUCUUUCUCAGGACAUCCGUUGAGCCGUCUUUUGAAGGCUACUUCCAGAGAAGGUUCAAGACCAAGCAGAAGAAACUAAUGGAAGCCCACAGCUUUGAUUUGGAAAAAUAUAAGCAGCUUCAGACAUUGUUUUAUCCUCACUUGGUUUAUGGGUGUGCUCAUUCGAAACAUUACAAGACAUUGUAACAGAGAUGAGGAAGCAUUUCCUAGACCCAUGCACCACUGCAAUUAAUUUGUAAAUUUAUAGCAAUAAACAGUACAAAGAGAGUGAAAUUUUUUUAUGAUGAACAUAGAUGGAUUAGAGUAGUUUUUGAUA